AUGGUUGUCUACUACCAGAUUGCCGGCAAGCAGGUCGGCUCCCACGUCCUCGCCAUGGGCGUCAUGGGCACCCUGUUCGGUGGUAUCUACCUCUCGACUCGCGGUGGUGGUCAGAAGAAGCAGGGAGUUACUCCUCCCAUUCAGGCCUCUUCCAAGGACGAGGAGAAGUUCAUCCAGGACUUCUUGAACCAAGUAAACGGGGAGCAAAAGAAAUCGGAUCAUUAA